AUGGAUCCGAGCAUGCAACUGAAUCAUGAAAAGGCCCCGGCACGCACGAGUAACAUGACAACACAGAGCUGGCCCCAAAUGCACUCCCGCCAUCCAUUGGCCGGAGGCUUCCGUUCUAUCCACUCAGGCGCUGGCGGAAUUCGAGAAGGUCUCACCGAUACUGAGGCGAGGGGACCUGAUGGUAACCAUAAGUCUAACAAAGUAUACUUGCAGCGUAUAAGAACAGAGCCCUCUGUCACCAAAUUCGCCCCAUCCAACAUACAAGCCAGUGAGCUUACGGGGUCCCAAUCUGGCAAACAAAUCAGUAGCACAAACAUAAGACUUCUAAGAUCUGACCAUAUAUGUAAUGCAUUGCGGAGAGAGCCCACUUUAGGAGACCAUAUUAUCAAGGCCACGGUACAAAGUGCCCACUCAGACUACCGCAGUAAGAAGUUCCUCCUAAGGAACGAGGUUCAAAGGCUUUUAAUGACAGAUGCUGUAGAGAAGGAGCUUACACAAUGCAAUCGAUGGCAGAGAUAUCUAAUUAUUAGACUUCUGCAUCUACAUAAGCCAAACUUUUAAGAAAAAGCAUAAAUCAUCUGCGGAAAGUCAGAUAGAGAACUUGGAGCAAACCCUGUUUAUAAAAAAUACCAGAAGAUAUUUACUAUCCUAG